GGCAGUAAAACAGGUUAGUCUGCACCAGAAUAUAUAAAGCAGCAACUGUUGAAGGUUUAUUAUCCUCUGAACUUCCAUCAGGAGACAGUCUACCAGCAGGACGAGUAAAAGCGAACAUGAAGCUGGGCUUGGUGUUGGUGCUGGUUGUGGCGGCACUGCUGCCCGACCUCUUUGAGAGUCGAACUGUCACCAAAUGUGAGCUGAAGGAAAAACUUCAGGACAAAAUCUACCUGCCUAGAAAGCUUAGGAGGCAUAGGGAUGAAGUCCUGUCACUAAUUAUCUGUGAGGUCAGCAGGCAGUCCAAUCUGAGCACCAGCCUGGUCAACGUAGACGGUUUCCGCUUUUCCAUGACCACAGCCCUGCCAACAACCGAGGGAAUGGAACCAGAGACCGAAGCCACUACUACUACCACCACGACUGCUGGACCCGUUUCCUCAAUGUUGACCACAGCAGCUGGUGGCAGCAGAAAAAAGCGAAGGGCCUCCAGAAGAAGGCAUAAAUCAGAGGAAUCACAGGAAUCACUGAAUGACAUGGAAAACAAGUUUGAUGAGGAAGAGAUGGAGAGAGAUGAUGAACGCCUCAGCAAGGAGAGCAGCUCAGAGGAGGGCGGAUCCUCACACCCCAAGAUUACGCUCUGGUCCCUUGGCUACUACGGUAUCUUCCAGCUGAGGGACAGCCUCUUCUGUGAUUCUGGUUACCGCUGGUCCAAAAAUCUGUGUGGGAAAUCUUGCACAGAUUUCACUGACGACGACAUAACCGAUGACAUUGACUGCUUCGUCAGCACUAAUUACCACUGGUACAUCUUCAGGAGCAUCUCCCAUCAGUGCUUCAAACAGAGGAAAACCUUCCUCCAAGAUUGCUCCUAAGGCUCUGAGAGCAUGUUUUCUGCCACCAGGUGUAACUCCACCAUAAGACGACUUGCAUUCUGAAGUAUUACUUUCUUUCCAUUGUUGAUUACUGUAAUUGCUUUCUUUAAACCAUAGAGAUAAAAACAUUGGAGCAGUUUGAUUUUGGGUUUUCUUUUUUGGGUUAUUUGAUGAUGAUAUAUCUAAUAACUAAUCAAUAAAGACAAUAAAGGUGAAAGGUUGGCUGUGA